AUGGAUCCCCGGUCAGAGAACCGCCCUGAUCCAACUGAUACUGCGACUGAAAACGAGGAUCCUUUAACAGAAGAUGUUAGAGCUGCAGAAAAAGUGGUGAACGCAUUCUUUUAUUAUAAGGAUUACGGCCGAGAGAAAGUUCUCAAGAUGGCUAAAGAAAUGAGGAAGCUCACACCUGCUCAUCAACAACUUCUCAACUUUCCCCGUAAUCCUCAUUUUGAGAAAGUAUUACGUUGUGUGCUGGAAAACGAUAAACUGAUUAAAAAAAUUAUACCCAUAAGUCUAGAAAUGUUUGGCGAUGAUUUCGAGAAGGUAACACGGAUAACUCAGUUGAGGAGACCAGAGCCUGACUUUAUGUCAAAAGUAUUGAGUUCAUUUAGACAAUUAGUGCGAGAAUGGACUGAUGAAGGUAGAGAAGAUCGACUAGCCACUUUCAAUCCCAUUAUUGACGAACUUCGGAAAAGAUUCCCUGAUGAAGAAAUGAGACACGAUAUAACUAUCCUCUGUCCAGGUGCUGGCUUAGGUCGAUUACCGUAUGAACUAGUUCUGAAUGGGUUUUCCGUCAUAGGUAACGAGUGCAGUCUUUUCAUGCUUUUCUUCUCGGGUUACAUACUAAAUGUCUGUAAGAAGGCAAAUGAACACACGAUCUAUCCGUAUAUUUUCGAUAAAAGUAAUAGUUGGUCUUAUGAAGAUCAGACGAGAGCUGUCUCAUUCCCAGAUAUAUGUCCGUUUGAGAUAAAUCAAGAGAGAAAGAAAAGAAAAAAUUUCUUUGGAAUGGAGGCAGGAACUUUCUUAGAAUCCCAGAAGAAAGAAAAUAUAUGGUCCUGCGUGGUGACAGCCUGGUUCAUAGAUACUGCGAAUAACAUACUGGAUUACAUAGAAAAAAUAUACGAAAUUUUGAAGCCUGGUGGGCUCUGGAUCAAUGUUGGCCCGCUCACUUAUCACUUUGAAGAUGUUCCUGGGGAAGCAUCGAUUGAGAUUCCUUACAAGGAUCUGAUGAGAAUCAUAUCGGAAGUCGGUUUUGUGAUAGAAGAAGAGCGACAAAUAGAGUCAAACUAUACUAACAAUAUGAGAUCUAUGCUGAGGUCUGUGUAUACUUGUGCUUUUUUUGUUGCGAAGAAACCAAUGUAA